AUGCUCGCCGACCUUCGCGUGCUUCACGUGCCAUCCUCCGACACCAAUGUGCUGCCUCCCGUCAUCCUCCAGCUUGGCGCCGACCGAUACCUAUUCAAUGUCGGCGAAGGCACCUCGCGCUCUUCCACCCAGCGCAAGGCCAAUCUCAGCCGCGUCACCAAUAUUUUCGUCUCUCGCGUAGGAUGGGAGGCCAUCGGUGGUCUACCUGGCGUCCUCAUGUCCAUGGCAGAUGGCCAGCGUGCCAGCGAGUCGCUACACGGACCCCAAGGUCUUCGCUAUGCCCUCGCCACCAUGCGCACCUACGCAAAGCGUGACAUAAUGAAGCUCAACAUCAGCGAGAUCCCAGCACAAGCAGGUACUUCCAGCGCCGGUACUGGGAUCACAGCAUCACCCGUUUUCACCGACGACAACCUCGCCAUCUACGCCGUGCCCCUGCUUCCUUCCAGCGCCGCGAAGCGAGCGUCCAAGAGGCCCAAGCUUGAUGACAAUCGCGCUGCAGGCCCCUCAGCAACCACACUCGAGAAAGUGGAUCAGCUAUGGCGGAAGCCUCAUUUCAACCCGUCUGGCCUACAGGCCGAAGACGCACAAGCUUGGAUCCAUCUCGUCUCGGGUAGCAUUUUCAACGACUCGCUACUACGUAGACGACAACAGCAGGCUGUAGAGGCGACCUCGACACAGCAACCAAGCGUCUCAAUCAACGACGUCGAGAUGGAAGAUGCCGACCGUGCACCAGCUCCGACGCAACUACACGCUCGAGGGACUUCACCUUGGCGUCCACCACUGUCGCCUGCCUUCGUCACACGACUGCUACCACGGCCGCACUCGGACACACGCAACCUAUCGUCAGAGCGGAGCGACCCAGCAGAAGGCGGUCAAGCUCCCGUUCUAGCGUUCAUCUGCGAAGCGCAUCCACAGCGAGGCAAGUUUGACCCCGUCAAAGCGACAGCCGCCGGUGUUCCGCCAGGUCCUCUGUUCGCGGCCUUGACAAGGGGAGAAGACGUCACGCUCAAGCGUCCGAAGGCCUGGUCAAGUAUGCCAGUAGAAGAGAAGAAGAGGUGGUCGCAGAGCCAGAGAGGAGGUCAGCGCGGUGGUCCAGCUGGCAGCAAACCAAGGCCAAAUGGAAAGGCAAAGGGUGGGAGCGCGACAGACUCGCCACCAGCUGCAUGGAACGAUGUCGAGGAAGUACACGUGAGGUCCACCGACGUCAUGGGCCCUUCGCGUGCUGGUGCGGUCGUGCUGCACGUCUACCUGCCAUCAACCGACUACAUUGACGAUCUGCUCAGCGAGAGAGCUGCGUCCACCUUCUUGCCGUAUACUGCCGGAGCCAACCAAGGACUCAGCAGAGAGCAGUCUCGAACACCCCAAGCUAUCGUCCACGCAGUGCCGACUGGCGUUCUCAAGGAUGCGCGCUACCAAUCAUGGAUGCGUACCUUCGGGCCCGACUGUCACCACAUCGUCGCUAACCAUGACGUCUGCGCUAACAAGCUCAUGUACCCUUCGAGCGCGACGAUUCCGCUUCGACUUUCCAAGCUCGACGAGGUCAUGUUCAAGGUGCCGCAGUAUCAGCUUACCCCGAGGUCGCCUCUCUCAGCAUUGUCAUCGGCAACGACCAACGGCAAGACAGAAGAGGUUGGCUUCCCACUCAAGCUCGGUGCAGCAGAGGCGGAUCAGGUCAUUCCGCUGCAGCCUCGGGGCGGACCCAAACGCUACCACUCAGGCGCGCCGGACUUCGACUUCCCAGUGAACUCCGAAGAGGCCGACAAGCUUGCUGCGUUCGAUUUCGACACGGUUGAGGAGACCGAGCAGCAAGUGCAGCAGCUGGUCAAAGCCAAGGCCAAGAACAACUCCAAGAACGGUGUGACUGCAUCGUCGGCUCCAGGGACAGACGAACUCGGCGCUGUGCGCAACACUCGUCUCAGAGAAGCACGCAAGCAGGCGUGGCAAGACUACCUCGACGUGGUCAAGCGAAUCAAGUUCGACACUGCGCCUCUAUCGUCGGACGUCGCUCCAGAGAAAGAUAUCUUGGUGACGACGUUGGGCACGGGCUCAGCAGCGCCGAGCAAGUAUCGCAACGUCAUCUCCACCCUGAUCCAGACGCCGUCCUCGGGCACCAUCCUGCUGGAUGCCGGCGAAUCGACCUAUGGCUUGCUACGCCGCAAGUUCGGUUGUCGACGCGAUGGUACCGCUGCUGAGAGCGGUGCAUUGGUACCACAGGACAUCGACGACAUCCUCCGCGAGAUGCGCGUGCUAUUCAUCAGCCACAUCCACGCGGAUCAUCACAUCGGCCUCAUCCGCAUCCUGCUCGAGCGACGGAAGCUCCAGCCUCGACCCGAGCAUCCACUCUACCUCGUAGGCACAGGCUUCGUGCAUAACUACCUCGAGGAGUACGAGCACGUCGAGAAGCUCGGACUGGACGAAGACGUCGUUCUCGUUCUCAACGAACAUCUUGAUCAUCAGACCGGAGUAGACCCCACUCCACCUUCCGACGGCACCUCUGUCACCCCUCACACCAACGGCAUCAGUCGCGGCCAGCAGCAAGCACGGAGCGAGGACCUCGCCCACGUCUCCGCCAUCAAGUCGCUCACUGGACUCUCUGCGAUCCACACCGCACGUGUGGUGCACCGCGGCUCGCACUGCUAUGGGCUGGUCCUGCGCCAUCCCGAUUGGUCCAUCACCUACUCGGGCGACACGCGACCUGCACCGGAGCUCAUCGCCGCCGGACGCGACUGCAGCUUGCUCAUCCACGAAGCCACCUUGGAAGACGGUCAGCUGGACAUGGCCAUCGGCAAAGGCCACUCGACCUUCGGCGAGGCCAUCCGUGUCGGCCACGAGAUGGGCGCACAGAACAUCCUGCUGACGCACUUCUCGCAGCGAUACCCGAAGAUGGCGCGGUCGUCGCUCUUUGCGUUGCAAAAGCAAGGUCAAGGAAAGAAUGUGCCGAUCGCGCUGGCGUUUGACAUGGUGACCUAUCCGUUGAGCCGCUUUGGGAGGAUCCAGGGGUACACGCCGGCGAUGGAGGCGCUGUUUGCGGCAGACACGGAGGGAGAUGAGGACGGAACUGCGGCUGGCGUGGCCGAUGGUGCCGAUGAGAAGAUUGCUGCGUCGGGCAAGACGGGGCAGGGAAAGCAAAGCAAGAAGCCAGGCCAGGGCGAAAGCAGCAAGUCGUCGGGUGCAGCCACCGUCGUAGCUGGCACGCUGGGCGCAGCCGCCGCCCUCGAUGACGACAAAGCUGUCGAGGCAACGGAAGCGAAUGGCGACAAGCGAGACACAAAGCCUCUCUUUGAGCCGAGCGUCACACUCGAACGCUACACACGCAAAGGCCUCAAACCCUCGGACUGGCGCUAUCUGGGUCUGCACCUCUCCCCCUCACCCUCGACCGCGACACUGCCCGUGAUCUUGCCGGCAUACAUCCUGUCGCUGGUGCACACCGCCCAGACUGCCACGAUGGGCGUCCUCGGCGGCGCAUACAACGUCGACAUCCUCUCCACCCACGUCUCCGCUUCAGACGGGCGCAGCUGGCACGCUGUCCUCCGCGUAGACGCCAGACACGGACAAGACCUGAGUUCGUCGCUCAGCAUGCUCCCCGCGCCCGAGGUGGGCGGCGUCCGACUGCGAAUGCGCGUCGUCGGCCCAACCACCUCCAUCCAGACCGUGCAAAGUCUGCUCCUCUAG